AUGGUUGUCAAGGCUGGUAUCAACGGUUUCGGCCGCAUUGGUCGUAUCGUUUUCCGCAAUGCCAUCGAGCACGGUGACGUCGAGGUUGUUGCUGUCAACGACCCUUUCAUCGACACCAACUACGCUGCCUACAUGCUCAAGUACGACUCUACCCACGGCGCCUUCAAGGGUGAAAUCAAGGUCGAGGCCAACGGCCUGAACGUCAACGGCAAGUCCGUUCGCUUCUACCAAGAGCGCGACCCUGCCUCCAUCCCUUGGAAGGACACCGGUGCCGAGUACGUCGUCGAGUCCACCGGUGUCUUCACCACCACCGACAAGGCCAAGGCCCAUCUGGCUGGCGGUGCCAAGAAGGUCAUCAUCUCGGCCCCCUCCGCCGAUGCUCCCAUGUACGUCAUUGGCGUCAACGAGAAGACCUACGACGGCAAGGCCGACGUUAUUUCCAACGCCUCGUGCACUACCAACUGCCUGGCUCCCCUGGCCAAGGUCAUCAACGACAAGUUCGGCAUCGUUGAGGGUCUCAUGACCACCGUCCACUCCUACACCGCCACCCAGAAGACCGUCGACGGUCCCUCCGCCAAGGACUGGCGCGGUGGCCGUGGCGCCGCCCAGAAUAUCAUCCCCUCCAGCACAGGUGCCGCCAAGGCCGUCGGCAAGGUCAUCCCUGAGCUGAACGGCAAGCUGACCGGCAUGUCCCUGCGUGUCCCCACUGCCAACGUCUCCGUGGUCGACCUGACAGCCCGCCUGGAAAAGGGUGCCUCCUACGACGAGAUCAAGGCCGCUAUUAAGGAGGCUUCCGAGGGCCCCCUGAAGGGCAUUCUCGGCUACACCGAGGACGAUGUGGUCUCCAGCGAUCUGAACGGCAACUUGAACUCGUCCAUCUUCGACGCCAAGGCUGGUAUCUCCCUGAACCCCAACUUCGUCAAACUCGUUAGCUGGUAUGACAACGAGUGGGGCUACAGCCGUCGCGUUGUUGACCUUAUCAGCUACGUAGCCAAGGUCGACAGUUCGCAUUAG